GAGGCGGGGCGGGGCCGGGCGAGGCGCGGAGUGAGGCGCCCGCUGGCCGCUACUGUCACUCCUGCUCCGGCUCCGGCUCGAGCUCCGGCUGCGGCCCCGCUAGACUUUGUAUCCCCGGCGUGCCUGGGGGCGGGGGCGGGAGGAGGUCGAGGAGGUCUGGGCGCAGCCGCCAUGGCCGAGGAUGCGGGCGCGCUGCCCUGGUCCAUCAACAGGGACGACUAUGAGCUGCAGGAGGUGAUCGGAAGUGGAGCAACUGCGGUGGUCCAAGCAGCCUACUGUUCCCCCAAGAAGGAAAAAGUGGCGAUCAAACGGAUAAACCUUGAAAAAUGUCAGACCAGCAUGGAUGAACUCCUGAAAGAGAUCCAAGCCAUGAGCCAAUGCCAUCACCCCAACAUUGUAUCUUACUACACGUCCUUUGUGGUGAAAGAUGAGCUUUGGCUAGUGAUGAGACUUCUGAGUGGAGGGUCUGUUCUGGAUAUUAUUAAGCACAUUGUUGCCAAGGGGGAACACAAAAGUGGAGUCCUGGAUGAGGCUUGCAUUGCCACAAUUCUCAAAGAGGUGCUGGAGGGCCUGGAAUAUCUGCAUAAAAAUGGACAAAUCCACCGGGAUGUCAAAGCUGGAAAUAUUCUUCUGGGUGAAGAUGGCUCGGUGCAAAUUGCAGAUUUCGGGGUUAGUGCUUUUUUAGCAACUGGUGGUGACAUUACCCGAAAUAAAGUGAGAAAGACCUUUGUGGGCACUCCUUGCUGGAUGGCACCAGAAGUCAUGGAACAGGUCCGUGGUUAUGACUUCAAGGCUGACAUCUGGAGUUUUGGAAUCACUGCCAUUGAGCUUGCCACAGGGGCCGCUCCCUAUCACAAGUAUCCACCCAUGAAGGUAUUAAUGCUGACGUUACAGAAUGAUCCGCCUUCUUUGGAAACUGGUGUUCAAGACAAAGAGAUGCUGAAGAAAUAUGGAAAAUCAUUUCGGAAAAUGAUCUCAUUGUGCCUUCAGAAAGAUCCUGAAAAAAGACCAACGGCAGCUGAACUGUUAAGACACAAAUUUUUCCAGAAAGCAAAGAAUAAAGAAUUUCUCCAAGAAAAAAUGCUUCAGAGAGCACCAACCAUUACUGAAAGAGCUAAAAAGGUUCGGAGAGUGCCAGGCUCCAGCGGCCGGCUUCAUAAAACAGAGGACGGGGGCUGGGAGUGGAGCGAUGAUGAGUUUGACGAAGAAAGCGAGGAAGGCAAAGCGGCCAUCUCACAGCUCAGGUCUCCCCGAGUAAAGGAACCGUUAACGAAUUCUGAGCUCUUUCCUCCAUCCGAUCCCAUGGGUACUUUACUCCAAAUUCCAGGACCGCCUCCUGCUCAACUACCUCAACCAGCUGGACAGACUCCUGCCCAGUCAACUCACAUCACUGUCCCUCCAACUGUCCAGGCACCUGCAGCUCCAGGAGGAGCAGGGCAGGCUCCACCAUCAGAAGGGCCAGACUCCCAAGAGACCAAGGUCCCCAUCAGUCUAGUGCUAAGGUUAAGGAAUUCAAAGAAAGAACUUAACGAUAUCCGAUUCGAAUUUACCCCAGGGAGAGAUACGGCUGAUGGCGUGUCCCAGGAACUCAUCUCGGCCGGCCUCGUGGAUGGCAGAGACCUGGUCAUAGUGGCAGCUAAUUUGCAGAAAAUUGUGGAAGAACCUCAGUCAAAUCGCUCUGUCACUUUCAAACUGGCGUCCGGCGUCGAAGGCUCGGAUAUUCCCGACGAUGGCAAACUGAUAGGAUUUGCACAGCUCAGCAUCAGCUAAGCCACGGCCGCAGAGGAAGCUUCCCCACGGAGAACCCACCCGUCGUAUUCUAUCGCUCUGUUGGCCUAAAAUCCACUACUGCCAAAGAACCCAGGUCCGCCCUCCCCCUCCCCCGUUGGAUCACCACUGUCUGGCGCCGCCUCACCAGAGUCGCCGCCACGUGCUCCGUCUGCAAGCCGAUGACCUGCACAAGCCGCAUCUUUCCCUUCCUCCCGGACACGUGGACCGGAAGCCCGCGGCCGCCAGGGCCCGUCAGUCCCUUAUUGCCUUACUUGACAACCGCCACGGAGCCCGAGGCCCUCUCCCUCCCAGCACCACGGGAUGCCCAGCUGGCGCGGUCUCCGCCGGCGUCCCCCGGCCUGGGGCACGGCCACCCCCGAGGCCGGGCCCGCGCGCUCUCGCCGCCGCACUAUAGCCAUGAAAGAAAGGUGGUCGGCUGGAGACCGCAGAGUCUGCUUGUGGAUCACUCCCUUUGGUCCUGGCUACGUCCUAGCAAUCAACACAAGGACACCAUAAGCACAGUCUCCAGGGUAAUUGGCUUGAAAUUUUCCAGUUUUAUUGAUCACGUUCUUGAGAAUUUUUCCGGGGCUCCUCUGCCGCGGCCUCUCGGGCGGCCGCUUCCCGGUGACUCUUCCCGAGGGCGCCUGGGGCCCAGAGACCCUCGGGUCCGGGUCACACAAGUUACUUUUCCCCAGAGGGACUAUGAGCAAAUUGUUACUUAUAUCAUUGGGAAAGUGGUGGGUUUCGCCACUUAAAUAAAAUGAAAAGAAACUUCCCCUUGGUCCCCACGUCUUUCCUCCCCCGAGACCGACCCUCUCGGCGGCGAGGGAACGAGGCUGAGGCUUUCACAGCAAUAAAGGCGAGUCCGCUCCCGCCCUGCCUCAGCCCGCUCCGGGACGUGCCCGGGACUUGUGCAGAAAGGACCCAGGGAGCCGCGUGCAGCACAACGUGGGAGCCGUCGGGGGGCGGGGGGCGUUUUCUACACUUUCACAACUGGCCUUCAUAUCCUGCGGUUGGCACCCGGCCCAGCCUCGUCCCAGGCGGCGGCGGCCUCCCCAGGAGGUCCUCGCUCCCCUCUGCUGAGCCGGGUGGGGAAGGGGCAGCUGUGACGGGAGCCAGAGACCUCCCAGCGGGGGUCGGGGGGGGGGGCUCACCAGGAGGUCCUCGCUCCCCUCUGCUGAGCCGGGUGGGGAAGGGGCAGCUGUGACGGGAGCCAGAGACCUCCCAGUGGGGGCCGGGACGGGGGGGCUCGCCAGACCGGGCGAGGGGGGACGGCGGGCGUGUGGUUUGGCUUCCAGCAGCCCUGUAGUAACCUCCUUCCUUGCAAAGCCGGCUCCCCCUUAGUGAGUGCUCUGUUCAGAAGUGUGCCCGGGGACAGCGGGAGGCCAGGCGGCCCCCGCUCGCCAUGUCCCGGGCCGCCCCCGGGCCGCAGAGACUCCACCUGGUGAGCGGAGAAGGUAGGAAGCGGGCUCUUUGUGUCUUUAAAACCGCUUUUGCCCGGCCGAGGUCUCCCAGGGAGACGGCGAGCCAGCCCCGGACAGUAUUACUCUGGUUUUCCUUCGGGCGUGCACACGUGCCUCCUGGAUGUGUUUGGGGGCUUAGGACGGACCCCGCCCGGUGGAGGAUGGAGGCCGGGGCUGCGGGCCGGGGGGCGGCGUUUGCUUCUGGGAGCCCCGGGAUAAGUGCCAAGGCUAGUCAGAGGAAUGGAGGGUGUCCCAACGUGGCCAGCGGAUCCGUUUGGGGUUUCGUCGUUAACUUCUGAACCAAACCUAGAGCCAGCUACUAUUAACUUAGUUACUACUCUGAGAACUAGAACGAUGCUAUAGGAACAAUCCACGGAGGCUCCUCGACACAGUCGUGUACGGUCAAUGACAAAAGAUGUAAAAUAUUCAGCCGUUCCCCCUUUUUUUGACUUUGUAUUUUACUGCACGUUCCCCUUAUUUUUAAUCAAUAAAGAACAAAUUGUCCGUG